AUGGCAUCUGUUCCGUACUGUUUUAAUAUAAUUCGUUGUGUUGAUCAAAAACUUCGUAGUGAUAGUCAACGGCGACACACUCAAUCUGAAUCCAACUCCACAUCUCCACAACAACAGCAAACAUCAACAAGUUCACAAACAAAUGAUACUGGUGCUUAUUUAUUUGGAAAAUUUAUUCCAUUUCGAACUCGUCUCAUGACAUUAUGUGGUGAUUCAGACAGUAAUAAAAAAGAAUAA